AUGAAAGGAUGUCACCUGCAGGAAAAACGGAACAGGGCGGAGAAACAAAUUACGCCAACGAAACAAGCGAAACCAACAACAACUCCCGCCCCAUCUCCUCCCAAGCAACGUUCACCAAACCAGCAAAAUGUCAAUCGACCAAGGCAACCAGUGCCCGAGCCCCGCAGAGAGUUGAGACUGCAAACCGAUAUGGCGAUACAACGUUUGGGCGAAAGUGAGAAAGACCACCCACCAACUCACAAAGAGCUGUUUCUGUUCUUCCAGGAGAUGAACAAGUGGGAAUGCUUGGAUGAGCGCCUUGUCACCAUGCAGGAGAUUCAGGCCGAAUCAGUUGGAUGGCGGAAGAUGAUGUGUCUGUGA